AUGGAUAUUCACAAGCAAUUUCCUGAAGUCGUUUCUCAUCUCGGAUCUACUGCCUUUUCUCACUUUGAUCUUUCUGCCACAACAACUGUCGACCUCCUCAUUGAGGUCCUCGAGAAUGAUCUGAGAGACAACUUACCCAACUUUCAGCAAGUUACUGAAGGUCUUGCUGAGGCCGCGCAGGCCGCUAUAGAUGGCAAGAUAAUUCAUGGUUUUCCCGAAGUCACUUCCUCGGGACUACCAGAGAUGGACACGCUCAUGGACGGCGGGUACACUCACGGUCAAGUGAGCGAAAUUUUUGGUGUCAGUGGAAGUGGAAAGUCUCACAUUGUGGGUUCCACUCUUCUUGCAGCUCACAAUGAUUUUAUUGAUGAAGUGGACUUGGAGUUAGUCAAUCAGGAGCUCAACUUCAGCUCGUUGGAUGAGAAUUUGGUCAUUAGAGGAGGCUGUGACUUGUUUACCACCAAGCCUAUUGGUUCGGAUAGAAAAUUGUUCAAGACGAUCGAAAGACAUCUAGACCAAAUUCUUGAAGACAAUCAACUCUCCAGAUCAAUUGAUAAGGAACGCAAACAGUCAAACCAGAAGCUACACGGCAUGACAAAGCAUGAAAAUGCACGGACAGCCUUGAAGGUAAACCCCCAGGCGUACAGUGCAGUUCUAGAUUAUGCUGUAAAAGAGCAAUGGAAUGCUCUUUAUGCAAUCACGUUGAUUACAGCAAGCAUCAUUGCAGAUGAAUCCGGGGUUCAGCAGCAACAGUUCGAGGCAUUGGCGAGUGUUUCGCAAAGAGUCCGUUCCAGAAUUGCAUCAUCAUCAGGGUCGGCCACGAAUUCCUCGUUUUUGAAAAGUCAGCAUGAGCAACUUUGGGAAGAGGGAUAUGAUCUUUACAAGAAUGUGUUUCCUUCCAUGUCCCAGGAACCAACUUGUACACUCGAAAGUUUCCUCGUCAAGCUUGGAGCCUACAACAUCAACAAUCUAGAUUCUUCAAUUUUCUUAAUCCAGUCGCAUUUGAAUCAUAACUGUGAGCCAAAUGUUGAGGUUAUCACCGGAGAGAUCAGGAGAGACACUGCUAUAGAGGUUGUUGCAACUGUGCACAGCUUGCAGCCUAGAGGCAAGUACAGCCUACUUGAGCCCACUUCAGGCCUCGAUGUUUUGCAAUCUGGUAACCUCGACCUCAUUUUGGUUCCUGGAGUGGCUUUCACCCAAGGCGGCAAACGGCUUGGGAGAGGCGCUGGCUAUUACGAUAAGUUCUUGAGCCAAUAUCUGAAAACUCAUGGCUGCACACCAUAUCUUAUAGGCUUGGCGUUUAAGCAGCAAAUAGUUGAUGAUCUUCCUCAAGACGAUCAUGAUUGGUGGCUUAAUGAGGUGUUGGUUGGCAGCCCAUUGUAG